GAUCGUCUAUAUUGUGACGUCGUCGGUCGGUUAUAGUAUUUCGCGUAUAUAACAAAUCUUAUAUAUUUUUUUAAUAAAUAUUGUUCGGAUUGUAUAUAUUAUUAGCUUCUGGUCAUUUGGAUUAUAUUAUUGUUAUUUUUUUUUGACCCUUUUGCAAACGGGAAGGGGUUAAAAAUAAGACAAUGUGUAUACUUUAGGCCUCUUUCAAGCUCAGUGAUUUAUUUUGCCGGCUGGACAUCGAACGAGGUCGUGGCUCACCUGAAGAGUAGACGGUUGUAAAAUGAACGUUCACCGAGACGUGUCUUCAUGUAAAAAUUGAAAAAUUUCCUAAGAAAAUAAAUUUGCUCGCAACAGCACAGCCGAAUCAGUUUGCACUGAGCAGCGAGACGGAUAUGACGAUCGAACCCGAAAUAAAUGAUUGGUGAAGCUGCACGCUCAUUAUGCGAUCCAUGCCACGACGGCUUAUAUUACGGUGGUGUCCGUCCUGCAAAGGGUACCUGAUACCAAGCCAUGCGGCUGGUUCAGAGUAUCGCGGGUCGACGUGAGUCCGGGGACACUCAGCCGGCCACUUCUACAAGCAGUACACGUUUGCUGUACCAUGGCCAGUCAGCGGACCUUGAACAGAUCAGCAUCGUAUCGUCUAACGCCACUCCAUCGCAAGUGACCUACGGUUCGGGUGUAGCCACAGCCAACGGUCCUCGCAUCGUUCCAGGUACAAUAACAAGCACUGGUCGAAUAGGAGAGCGUCUAAGUAUAUCCGGCUCGAGAUUGGACACAGCAAGUCCAGUGAGAUUUGGACCAAAAUCCAGUGCUGAAUCGCUAAGACAUUCUGCUGGUCGACAAAGUUUAUUGGAUUUAGUAGGAUGUAGAUUUGGCGUUGGUCGAAAACCACCUCAAACUUGCUUUUCCAAUUCACGUGAUUCAUUAACACCAACCUACACAAAUCGAACUGCUUGCCUGCCCAGUGGCAUUGCCAGCUCAGAUUCGGACAUCGCAACCAAAGCAAACAAAUCGUCGAACCGACCUAGCCGUGUUAAUUUUGACGGUGUCGCAACGGCCACGACUCCUACAGCCUCCAAUACCGGCCGGGCGUCUUACAACAAUGCUCGCGGCUCCAUCUGUUUCGACGGCGGCCGACAAAAGAAUGGAGGUCCUCGACAGUACCGAGACCGGUCCGUUGAACGGGCCAAAGGCAUACGAUGGUCCUUUGUAUUUGACCCGGCCGGUCAGCUCUGCUACUACUGGAACAUGGUGGUAUCGCUGGCAUUUCUAUAUAACUUUUGGGUAAUCAUCUAUAGAUUUGCGUUCUGUGAAAUAAACCGCAACACGAUCGUUGUUUGGUUCUGUUUGGAUUAUUUAUGUGAUCUAUUAUACGUCAUUGAUAUAUUGUUUCAUUUUCGAACUGGAUAUUUGGAAGAUGGAGUUUUGCAAACGGAUGCGGUAAAGCUGCGAAAUCACUAUAUGAACUCGACUACGUUCUACAUUGAUUGCCUGUGUCUAUUGCCGCUUGACUUUCUUUAUCUAUCCAUCGGGUUUAACUCUAUACUUCGAUCAUUCCGAAUUGUUAAGAUCUACCGAUUCUGGGCAUUUAUGGAUCGCACCGAAAGACACACAAAUUAUCCUAAUCUCAUCAGAUCAGGAAGUCUUAUUCAUUACCUUUUAGUUAUAUUUCACUGGAAUGGGUGUUUGUAUCAUAUAAUAUACAAAAAUAAUGGUUUCGGUAGCAAAAAUUGGGUAUAUACCGAUUCAGAUGCUGAGGAUACUGAUACAGUCAAACGAUAUUUACAAAGCUACUACUGGUGUACACUGGCUUUGACUACUAUCGGCGAUUUGCCUAAGCCUAGGAGCAAUGGAGAAUAUGCAUUUGUUAUUUGCCAAUUACUUUUUGGACUUCUUCUAUUCGCUACUGUACUUGGACAUGUAGCCAGCAUUGUGGUUAGUGUGAGCGCGGGGAGAAAAGAAUUUCAAGCUAAAUUGGAUGGUGUAAAAACAUACAUGCGAAUGCGAAGAGUACCAAAUCAUUUACAAACCAAAGUAAUUAAAUGGUUUGAUUAUCUCUGGUUAACACAAAAAUGUUCUGAUGAAGAAAGAGCCAUUAGUUGUUUGCCAGAUAAACUAAAAGCUGAAAUCGCAAUAAACGUUCAUUUAGACACGUUAAAAAGGGUAGAAAUAUUCCAAAAUACAGAAGCAGGUUUCCUUUGUGAAUUAGUUUUAAAAUUACGGCCUGUUCUGUUUUCUCCUGGUGAUUAUAUUUGUAGAAAAGGCGAAGUUGGUAAGGAAAUGUACAUAGUAAGUAGAGGAAAGUUGCAAGUUGUCACAGAUGAUGGAAAAUCAGUUUUAGCUGUUUUACGGGCGGGAUCUUACUUUGGUGAAAUUAGUAUUCUUAAUAUGGGCACAGCAGGAAAUAGAAGGACUGCAUCCGUCCGUUCAGUAGGAUACAGUGAUCUUUUUGUACUAUCAAAAAAAGACAUGUGGGACGUGCUCAAAGAAUAUCCCACAGCUAGAAUUAGAUUAGAAGCAAUAGCAACUAAGCGAUUGGAGAAAUAUAAGACGGAUCCAAGUCCUGAUGAUAAAUUAGAAGGCUUAGUCGGUAGGCGUUGUAAGUCAACUCCUGGAAUUGUUGAGAGUCAAAUAAAAGUUGAUGAAGAAAUGUGGAUGCAAUCUAAUGAAGCACUGUUAAGACCAACAACCACAUUCAAUCAUAAUAGAUCUUUAUUCAGUCCUACUGCAAGUCCUAGUUUCAGAUCAAACGCAGCAGCUACUUUAGAAUCUCCUUUAUCUAGUAAGUAUUCAUUGGAUCAAGAAAAUCACCAUCAUCAUGCUCAAGAAAAUCAAAAACCCACGGCUACAACUCCAAAUACAGACCCAUCUAUGGUUUCAGCGUUGAAAGCGGAAAUUAAUCGUCUUCAAGAACGCCUUAUAGCUGUUGAAACAGAAAAUUUAUACUUGAACAAAAAAGUUACUCAACAAAGAUGGGAUAUGGACCAUAGAUUAGCUGAAAUUGAGAUGCAAAUUUGUAAAGACGUGGGAAGCAGUGCUGACAGUAGUUGCGACGACAACGAAAGAAAUAAGGAGUCGAUAAUAUAAAAUAUUUUUGGAUUUAUAUUAAAUAAAUCCAUUUAUAAAAGACUGAUGUCAAUGUUAUUUUGGAUUAUUAUAAUUGUUACAAUGUAAAACUUUAUUUAUAAAAAUCAGGGUGAUAUUUAAUUUGUCAAACCCAAUAGUUUUAAUAAUAUAAUUGUGUGUAAUAUGUAUUUACCAUAAUUAAAGUUCUUGGUGCAACAACCCGAUAAGUCUAUUUCUUUAAUGUUUCAGGUAAAUCAAUUUUAUCAAUUUUUUUUUUCAUUAAAAUCAAUGGUAAAAUAUUUUAUCUAAAUUAAAUAUCUAUUCAAGUAAUUGAAAUAUAGGACUCGUUUUUCUACUAAAUUACGUAAAAAUGUCAUGUUUAUUCAAAAUUAGAAACAAUACAAUGCAUAAAAAAGUUAGACUUGUUUGGUUGUUAAAUCAAACCUAUCAAUUUGUACACGAUUUUAAGUUUUUUCUUUAGAAAAAGCGUAUUAAAGGCAAUAUCUUUGGUAUUAAAUCGUUCUAAAGUAUCAUAUUUUUUAAAAAACUUAAAAUUUCAUAAUUUGUAUCUUUUAUUAUUGGUAUACAUUCAAAGUACUUAUAUAUCAAAUGAAAUGAAUAUUAUAUCAAAUGAAAAAAACUAAAUUAGUUUGCAGUAAAAUUUAAAAGAGAAAAUUUGAAAUAUUUUGACAUUUAAGGGAAACAAAAUUUUAUAAUCAGUUAACAUUAAAAUUUAUUUUUGUUUGACUGUAAAAAUAGUUUUGUCUGAAAUAAAUAAUAGAAUUGGAAACCACAUAAAAUUACCGAUGAGUCAAUUCAAUCCUAAAUACCAAUGAAACUUAUUGCUUUUAACCAAAAGAAUUCACACCUAAUUCCUAUAAAUUAAUGAUGUAUAAAUAUAUACCUAUACAUCAUUUAUAUUCGUAUUUUAAAUAAUAACUACUUGUAUUUAUUUGAUAUAUAAUUUAUUUAAAAUCCAUUUAAUAAAAAGUAUUAUUAGUUUCAGUAUAUGGUACGUUAUUUUACUAUAAUAUCUAAUUAUAAAUAUUUGUCAUAUUUCUGAUAUUUAAAAAUUUAAACUUAUAAUUCUUAAAAUACUUCAUGCAAUAAAUUCUGUAUUUAAAAAUCUAGUAUUAUUGUUCAUCGUUAAAUUAUUUAUUGUACAAAAAAAGUUUAAUAAAUAAUUGUACCGGAUAGCUAUGAUAGUGACAACUUUCAAUAGAUUAGUAAAAUGUUACUUGUUCUUGCUUUGGGUAAACGGUUUGGUAAUAUUACACUGGGACCAAUAGAUUAAACGGCGAUCAUAAUUAUACAAUGUUAAUGGUUGUAUGUGAAAAAUAAUUUAAGUUAAAAAAAUGUUUUUAUACCAUUCUUUAAAUUAAAUAUGUAUUAAUUGAAUACCAUAAAUGAAAAUUAAAAAAUCCUUUUUCGAGACACUUAGAUAAGUAGAUAUAUUGUACAAUGACUAAUGAGCUUUAUAAUGUUAACUUUUUUUUAAGUAUACAUAAUAAAAUCCACACAACAUUAAUAUGUUUUCAUUGUGCUUUGAUAACUUUAUUUCUUCAAUUUUUAUAAUCUUAAAUAUUCUUUAUAAAACUACUUAUAAUGUAGUUUUUAUAAUUUAUUGUAAUUUUUUUUUUCAUUUUUCUUAUGUAAAUUAUUAUUAAACAACUUAUUAAAAAGUUGUGUAGAAAAAUUAUGUUGUACAAAAUAAUCGAUGAGUAAAUCAAAUACUUGUAAAUAACAAUAAAAAUAAUGUUUUUUUG